UGUCUAUCGAAAAAACUAUCGCUAAAGUGCCGUCACUAAACAAAGCGUAGAAAUUUUUUUAAUAGUUUAUAGAAUAAAAAAUGACCGCAUCCGUAGAAUUAAGCUCGUAUCGCGAUCAGCACUUCAAGGGCUCUCGUUCGGAGCAAGAAAGGUCGCUCCGCGACUCGUGUACACUUUAUGUGGGAAAUCUCAGCUUCUACACGACGGAGGAGCAGAUCCACGAGCUCUUCUCCCGCUGCGGCGAUGUCCGGGUGAUUGUCAUGGGUCUGGACAAGUACAAGAAGACGCCCUGCGGCUUCUGUUUCGUGGAGUACUACAUUAGAUCCGAGGCGGAAGCGGCCAUGAGAUUCGUGAAUGGCACCCGCUUGGACGAUCGACUGAUUCGUGUGGACUGGGACGCCGGCUUCAUCGAGGGCAGGCAAUAUGGACGCGGCAAGACUGGCGGCCAGGUGCGCGAUGAAUAUCGCACGGAUUACGACGCCGGACGAGGUGGUUACGGCAAGCUGUUGUCCCAGAAGAUCGCACCCAACACCGAUAACCGCUAGCCCUAAGAUAAGAUUAACGACUAAGCCCUCACAACUAGAUAUUAAAUGCAUUAAACACCUAGACAUAACAUCUCUAAUCGCAUA